GUCCAAGCGGAAGUACUACACGUUGACUCCGGAACAACUUGUGAGUUCAGGAGCUGUCAAGUUUCUCUGGAAGAAAAAAAAGAGUGAAUUUAUCUCACAUGAUACACAAAAACGCACGUUUUAUUUCAUACUACAUUAAGUUAUUCUAGAAGCUAUUUUUACAGCGUUGUUUAGCAAAAGCAGCGAUGGCUCCUCUCCGGAUUCUGUGCAUUCACGGUUACCGGCAGAACGGCAACACGUUCCGGGAGAAGACCGGAGCGCUCAGGAAGCUGCUAAAGAAGCAAGUGGAGCUUGUUUACAUGACAGCACCUCUGAGAGUGCAGAAAGAAGGCUCCGGGGAGGUUUCACCUGCUGAGAACGGUUCCAGUUCUGGUGCUGGAGGUGAGGAGGACCCCAGAGGCUGGUGGUUUUCUGACCCUCAGUCCCGCAGUUUCAAUGCUCUCCAACAGUGCGAGGAAAGCCUCGGCAUUGAGGAGAGCGUGACGGCUGUGAAAGAGGCCGUGAAGGCCCACGGUCCGUUUGACGGCGUGCUGGGCUUCAGUCAGGGAGCGGCUUUUGUCGCCAUGCUCUGCUCUCUUCAGGAGCAAAAAGUGGCGCCGGAGUUCAUCUUUCGCUUCGCCAUCCUCGUCGCCGGCUUUCGUAGUUUGUGUAAAGAACAUGAAAAAUUCUACAGCGCCACUCUGCAGAUCCCCUCCCUGCAUGUCUUUGGACUUGAAGAUAAAGUCAUCCCUGAUCACAUGAGCAGAGACCUCCUGCCCUCCUUCCAGGAUCCCCAAGUCCUCAUCCAUCCUGGAGGACACUUUGUUCCUGCUGCCUCUGCUCACAGACAAACGUACCAGGACUUCCUCAAGAAGUUCCAGUGAAGCCAGAAAAUAGAAAACAUGAAUACAGAGAUGAUCUAUUUGAAAGGCAUGACUUACCUUUGCUGGAAAAAAUGUCCCUGAAUAUCUAAUGUCUCUACAAUAAUGAUUUAACUGUUGUUAUUUCUCAGGGAAAUAAUAAAUUAAAGUUCUAAUUUUG